AUGUGCGUGACAUCUUCUAUGCGUGUCAUUAUCAGAGAAGAUCCUCCAGAAGUGUCUGUGUAUAUUGCAGACUACAUUAUCAGCCGUAUCAAGUCGUUCAAUCCAACCCCCGAGCAGCCAUUCGUGCUUGGUGUGCCUACUGGUAGCAGCCCUGAACUCAUCUACAAGAUCCUCGUGCAGCGUCAUCGCGCCGGCGAGAUCUCCUUCAAGAAUGUCGUGACUUUCAACAUGGAUGAAUACGUUGGUCUGCCUCGCGAUCACCCCGAGUCCUACCACAGCUUCAUGUACAAGCACUUCUUUUCCCAUGUGGACAUCCCACCGCAGAACAUUAACAUUCUGGACGGCACCGCGACCGAUCUUGCAGCCGAGUGUGCAUCGUUCGAAGCACGGAUCGCCCGUUAUGGUGGCAUCGAGCUCUUCCUGGGUGGCGUCGGACCCGACGGCCACAUCGCGUUCAACGAGCCGGGCUCCUCACUGAGCAGCCGCACGCGCGUCAAGACACUGGCCUACGACACCAUUUUGGCAAACUCCCGCUUCUUUGGCGGCGACACAGACAAGGUGCCCCGCAUGGCUAUGACUGUUGGUAUUCAGACUAUCAUGGAUUCCCGGGAAGUAGUGAUUGUAGCCACCGGGGCGCACAAGGCCUUUGCCGUGCAGAAGGGCCUGGAGGACGGCGUGAACCACAUGUGGACACUCUCCGCUCUGCAGCUGCACCAGCACCCGCUUAUAGUCUGCGAUCGCGACGCCACUCUCGAACUCAAGGUCAAGACCGUGCGAUACUUCGAAUCAAUCGAGCAGGCUGGCACCGAUGCCCGCACCCAGGGUCCGGCUCUCGUUUACCGUCCUCGGACUUACGUCCCGGCCCCACUUCCAACUAAGGCGCCCAAGUCCCAACAGCCUACCCCCGAUGGCACACCCGAGAAGGUGCCUAAGGAUCUCCGUAUCAACACUGAGCUACAACGCCGCGCACUGGAGGAAGAGGAGCUCACCCCGGACAGCAUGUCCUCACGCCUGGUCGACUCGGCCAUUGGCGGUAUCGACGGUGCGUUGAAGAGCGACCUUAUAUUUGACCGCAUGGGCACUCGAAUUACCACACUCUAA